GUCGGUCCCACGGUCCUCACUUUAUUUACCACACACACACGCGCGCGCGCGCGCGCACACACAUAUAUAUGCAGUGUCUCGCUCGCGCCUCACUCCGGCACGCGCAUUUCAGCCUCCAUGCAUCAUCCACCCAUCGCGCGCGAGGACAAAUCAACAAUUUGAACCUUCCAGGACUGCGAACGCGUGCGUGCGUGAUACGUUUUCUCUUUAAUCUUUUUUUUUUUUUUUUUGUACCUUGAUGCUUUGAUCUGGAAAAAGAAAACAUACACGCAUGACACCCUUUGAUGUGGGCCGUCAGGACGAUUUGAUACAGCUAGAUUUUUUUUUUAUGGACAAAAAUCUUCGCACUGCAUCUCUGUAACAUCACAGCCCAGAGCCUGAGGGUUCAAGGGGAACCGUCACGUCUCAUCUCCUCGCUGAAACACUGAAACUCUUAUAGCUGCCACUUCGCCGAUGGGCUCCGAAUCAGCCUGCGUUGUCUAAAUGAAGUUCCUCCGCCAUGCAAUGUUCCUGGAAGGCUGUGAUUCUGCUCGGCCUGGCGUCCAUCGCCAUCCAGUACACAGCGAUCAGAACGUUCACGUCCGAGCCCUUUCAGAUCUGUCCCGUGCCGAGCUCUGUGAACUGCAGCCUGGCUCAGGAACCGGAGACGUUCGAGCGCUUUUGCGAUGACUUCCCUUAUUUCCCAUACAACGGCUCAAGAGCGAAGACUCACAUUCUCAUUCUGGCCACCACUCGGAGCGGCUCGUCUUUCGCCGGCCAGCUCUUUAACCAGCACACGGACGUCUUCUAUUUAUUCGAGCCGCUUUAUCACGUCCAGAAUGCCCUGCUUCCUCACCUCACCCACAGCAGGUACACUUCAGAUCGCAGGGUGAUGCUCGGAGCGAGUCGCGACCUUUUGCGCAGCUUAUACCACUGCGACCUGUAUUUUCUGGAGAGCUAUAUCAAACCUCUGCCCGCAAAUCACACCACAGAUAAGCUUUUCCGACGAGGAGCGAGUCGGGCGCUUUGCUCCCCGCCUGUGUGCGAUGCUUUCAAUGUCAAUGAGGUGAAUAUAGAUGAGGGCGAGUGCGUGAGGAAGUGCACCUUCCUAAACCUGAGUCUGGCCGGCGAGUCUUGCCGUGAAAGGCGACACGUCGCGAUCAAGACGGUGCGGAUCCCAGAAGUCGGCGACCUUCGCGCUCUAGUGGAGGAUCCACGGCUCAACCUGAAGGUUGUCCAACUGGUUCGGGAUCCAAGAGGCAUUUUGGCAUCCAGGAUCGAGACUUUUCGAGAUACCUAUCGCCUCUGGAGGAUUUGGAGGGCCACAGGACGUAAACCAUACAACCUCGACCUGAGCCAAAUCACGACGGUGUGUGACGACGUCUUGCGUUCCAUCAACACGGGCUCUGAGCGUCCAGCAUGGCUCCGCGGCCGCUACAUGUUGGUCCGAUACGAGGAUUUGGCGCGCCGGCCCCUCCAAAAGACCCGUGAGAUCUACGACUUCCUCGGAUUGACCAUGGAGAAAGGGGUGGAGGAGUGGAUUCGAAACAACACCAGGGGAAGCAACGAGGGAUUGGCGAAGCAUAAAUACGGCACUCUGAGAGACUCGGCUGCCAACGCCGAGAGCUGGAGGCUCAAGCUUUCGCACGACAUCGUCGAUUACACACAGACAGUGUGUCAGCAGGUUUUAGAAGAGCUAGGCUACAGAGCUGUGAACUCGCCUGAGGAGCUCAAAAACAUGUCCCUUUCACUGAUCGAGGACAAGACCUUUGCACCCUUUUUGUAGCGAGUGUUCACACCUACAGCUAUUUUUCUACAUUUCAACUGUUGCCUUAAUUCGACACGGUUUGCACUACGAACUUGUGAAAUCGCUUGCCGUCACACAGUACGAACAGCACAAAAAAAAAAAAACAACAACAAACAAACCAAAAUAUUCACUUAAGCCUGGGCUCGACUUGAGGAUGAGAACGACGUGUGCGUUGCGUUUAUCCCCCUGUUUAAGUCCCUGUAUUCAACCCAUCGCUUUGAUAAAGGUGGAUGUUUUGUUGGUGAAGAACUCAAAAACACAUCUGUGUGCUAAGUAGAGGUCUGAAAUGAUAACACCAUGCAAUAAACCUGUGAAUGUCGCAGUGUC